AUGGUGUUAGCACAACGUCAGAAAGACGAACUGUAAGUUUAUCAUCUCCCAGAAACCUAACGCCUACCUAGAAAUCGCGCAAUCGCCGACUAUUUGAGUUCUAAUGGGUACGAACAAGCCCUCGUUGAAUUCAAAAAAGAGGCCGGCUUGGUAAGUGCCUUUGCUCACAUGCACGUGUACGCUAUCUAUUUAGGAUACUCCAAUUGACACUAAAUUUUCCGGGCUGUUAGAGAAGAAGUGGACAUCGGUUAUUCGACUACAGAAAAAGGUGUGUUGCGCCUCUAUUUCUUGUGCCAUUCAUUCAUUUAUAAACAUUAUCCGAAAUCCUGAAGUGGGAUUUCGGCUAAAAAAGGAUUAUAAGUGAUUCGGGGACAAUUAAAAAAGGAUUACUUGGAUAGGAUUGUGGUGCGGACUGCCACAUAGCAUAGCCUUAAGAUAUUUCAGCCGUGCCGGGAUACCUGCUUUUAGAUGCACGUCAUCCCGACUGCUUUCCAAGAUCGCACUCGCCAAAGAUUACUACUUAAGUAAUAUGGUUUCACGCAUUGAUUUUCUAUGUCCUUAAAAGUUCAAACAUAUUUGGUAGUGUGCACAAAACAUCCCUUUUUGUACCCAUUUUGUAGUAAACCGCGCUUUCCUUAAAUUUCCUACUGGAGGAAAGGGUGUCUUGCUGUUUCGAAACUUUUCAGUUCCUAGAUGAUUUUGAACCCAACCUGACAUUUUGCUCGCGUCUGGGGUGUCCGAACUACCAUCUGUACACUUGUUAUUGAGGAAAGUCAUACAUGUACCUUCAUACAUGUCCAGCUCAUAAAAUUAUACGCUGUAUGUGGACCUCAUGGUAUACUUCAUAAGGGACUCUAAUAUGCAGACAGAAAUGGUCCUAUUUAAACAGACAUUUCACUGUCUUAAAAGUUUAUAAUUACCAACUUUUCCUAAACCGAGAUAUACCAUUUCUUCGAGUAGAAAACUUAUGGAGGACGCCUUUUACUACCAUAUACGUGCAGGAAAAUAUAUUCUUGUGCAUGCUUUCUGUAAAAUAUGUUUGGAUUUGUAAGGACACUGAGAACCAACGGAAAGAAUUCAUACUACCUCAAGCAGCCACUUUUGACGAGUGUGAUUUUUGCAAGCGGUCGGAAAGCCGUGCACUCAAAAGCCAGUAUCUUGGCGUUCGUGGAAUAUCUUGGGAUUUGCUGCAUGCUGUUCAGUUUUUUAACCCCAAUCUAAGUAAUGCUUCCAUUCUGGACUUUCACUUUUAUGUUUCAUGAGAUAUGUCAGCUGCCGUAUCUGUUACCUUUCAUUUAUGGUUCCAUUGUCUGUUUCCUCUUGUGUUUUGCUCGAAUGGGACUCGUGCAUCUUUUACCGAGGCCCUUGAUCUACUGUCAAUUGUUCGCGAGCAUGUAGUCACAGCCAGAGAGUAUUGCUUACGCUCGAAAAUGUUGCAUCACUAUAGUCAGCCCGUUGGAAAUUACUCGAAGCACAACAGGUCUCACACACAGCGCUGCUACGGACCGGGUAGAUAUAUCAUCACAGCUAUUUUAGCGCACUCUUUGAUGUCAUUGUCGGACUCGAACAUGUUCUGCGACGUCAUUUCGUAAUAUAUUAAAUCUGACUGUCCCCCUGAGUCCGCCCCCGUGCUAAGAGUCCAUAGUCACUUGCUGCUCUGCAAUUAGACACAUUUGGUUGAUAUGCCAGGCUUAACAUUUGUCGAACAAACCUGACAGAAGUUGUCAUAGCACGGCAUAUUUGAAGGGCCAAAAGUAGUCCUGCGUCCCGUGGUUGGUUGCUGCAAUGUCGAUGCCACUUCAUUUGACCUCGACCUCAUCCUGUAAACUUGAGUGAAUCUUUAAUUCUCCUUAUAUGUCGCUGGUCGGGGCGUUUCCGGGCAGCCGGCGCUCACAUCUUGACAGAAAGUACGCUUCUCACCACUCAAUGUCCCUCGAUUGCUUCUCUUCUGAAGUUAUUGUUGCACCUCAGGGGGACUCCCUGUUUCUCCUGCUUACUUCCUUGCUCGUGGGUGAUUUCCUUUACAGCUGUUUCAUUUUUCUGACUAAGGCAACCAACUGUUAUUUUAAAAGUCCUCCUUUUGACUUGCCACAGUUUAUAUUCUGGUCUCCCAUAAAUUCUAAGGUCAUGGACCUGGAGACCAAACUAGCUGAGGCAGAGCGCGAAUUUCAGGCUGCCCAAGCAAGCCUCGGGUAUGGACCCGUCGGGGCGGCUCCGGGCAGUGGACUCCCUGGCCGAGGAGAACGCCGCAGCGGAGCCGACGCGAUACCCCGUCCACCGGCCAAGUACACUCUUACUGGGCACAGAUCACCGGUUACGCGCGUCCGCUUUCAUCCUCACUACAAUAUCCUUGUAUCCGCCAGUGAAGACUCAACGAUAAAGGUGAGCACCGGUGCUGUGCAUGUUCGACUCAUUGACAAUUCUCCAGACCAUCCUGACGACAUUAUUUUGAAUAAUUUACUGUCAACCAGUUUGGAGAAUCCAGGAAGUAAGAGGCUGUCCAUCGUUAACUAAACAGACUUCCUAUCCUGAUGUCCUUUCUAACUCGGCAGCGGUCCUGCAUCACCUCUAGUCAAUGUGUCUCUCACUUCUUGGUCGGUUUAUCAUCUUAAAUGACGUUUUAGCCUGCGCAAAUCCUCUCCUGUUUUUUUUCUAACUUUGCGCUUCCGUAGUUAUGUCGUCCGUGUUUCCCCUCUGUUUUGUGCCUAUUAUAUGGUGCUUAUGCCUGCUGUCCCACUUAUGACGGAUGGUGUUCGUAGUGUUUAGACAUUCCUUUCUGCGGACUGGUUUGCCGGUGGGAGAAAGGGGUCAAUAAUAUGUCCCGUCGCCGGCUCCCAAACUUACAUCUCCCACUCCCACGUCAAUAGGGCGAAUUGAACCAGACUUCUUCAAAUCUGGACACCCAGUAAUGCUCUGCUUCCCUUUACGGCGUGUCACGUACAAUCCUACUUUGAUUUGUAAAUGUGUUGCAGUUGUCCAUGUGGUUUUAUCGGUUAAAGGUUAUUGCUGUGCCCCCAUACCUCACUUCCAGCCGCGCCUUCUGUCGGCUAGGCAGCUCCUGUCAGGAAAUAAAGGCAGUAGUCCUGCCUGCAUUUCUUACGCACUCGCGGCACCUGCUCUUUUUUUCGACAUAAUGUUGCAAGCAGAUACCCUCCGGUCAUGCCUUAACGUCUAUCACAACCAUCAGCAUUAUGUCAAGUAAAUGAGCAUUCUAUUGUUUUCUUUUAUGGACAUUGUAGUAUGUGCUGUCGCUGGAUAGUUCAAACAGCUAUUUCGCAGGCUUCUUAUGUGUGUUUUUUGCGCCUUUCAUCAUAUAGCUCUGGGACUACGAGACCGGCGAAUUCGAACACACCCUCAAGGGCCACACUGAUGUAGUCCAGGACCUCUCUUUUGAUCCUCCAGGCACCCUUCUGGCAUCCUGUUCCGCUGAUAUGCAAGUCAAGUUGUGGGACUUCACGACUUAUCAGUGUAUUAAAACACUGUCGGGACACGAUCACAAUGUCUCCAGCGUUUGUUUUCUGCCCUCCGGCGACUUCCUUGUCAGUGCCAGUAGAGACAAGACAAUCAAACUUUGGGAGGUUGCCACAGGGUUCGUCUUGUCUUCUUUUUUCUUCCAAUUUGGCAUGUCCGCCCGGACAGAGCUUUCAUUUGACCGCCGUCUGUCCCACAGUCCUGGUUUGGGUUUUGCAGCAAAAAAAACAGUGCAGUCGCACUCAGCGCCAGGCAUUCAUACGCGAAAUGGGGCCUUGCCGGCCACUAUCAGGGCGCAUGCCUCAGCAAUCCACAUCCAGCGCCUAAUUGACCCUGUCCUGCAGCUCUAACCCCUCAGAUCUGAUGGCCUAUCAGCGUGUUAGCUUGUAUCCCCUGGCGGCUAGAGAAGGGGUCAUCCUGUUGGCCCAGUUGCCGCCCGCCUCGAGCAUCCGCAGGUAUUAGAGAUAGUGAAACGGCCCACAUCGAGGUCUUAACAUGAAACAGGCAGAAUCGAGUCUGGGGAGUAUGCAGUCGCGGACCAUACCUUCAAAUGUGGCUGUGCAUUGAUCUCGCGAAGCGGUCAGUAAUAGAAAGGUCACAAGCCAUAACGGCGCCAAAGCGAAGCACUUUCUGGCUUUAAUAUCUUGGCUCAGACCUCAGUUUGAGACGCGUCGAUGGUUAAAAUACUUUACUCUCAAAAGGACUUAGUAUACAUGGGAGUUUUUAGAAAGCUAAGAUUUGUCUGUCUCAGUCAAAUAAAUUGACUUGAUUUGGCUUUGGUGGUCAGAGAUCGGGCCGCCACUGUCUGUGUUACGUGAUUUCUCUCAUUAUCCCCCCUCUCACCUUGGCAACACAGGCCAGUCAGCCUUCCCAAGGGGCCUAACGGAAUUACAGACUUUUAUAUUAUCACCCCUGGGUGGGCCUCCAUUUUGGUCGCCAACUUCUCAUUUCUCACCUGUGCUGCAGCUCGAAGUUAGGCCUCCUCUCAAAACAGUCGAUCAAUUAAUGUUAGGGGUAUCGGUCAUAUUGUUCGAUACUUUUCCCUGGCCAAACUGUUCCGUGAGGGACUGUGUUAAGUUCUUAUGUACCUUAAAAAUGUCGAAGAGUUUGCAGAACCUAUCCGAAAAUCCACCGUGUGCUGAGCGGAGCAUCUAAAUUGUCCAGAGCCCACAAACCAAGGGAAGUUAGUUGACGAAAUACUGCUCUAGUAGAAUCGCGGAAGAAACAUUUGAGUGACGUCUUUCGAUCGAGCUUAAUAGAAAACUGUUUCGAGGCAAAAGCGCGCCGUAUGUUAAAUAAGACAUGCGCGGAAUUAUUUAAUGUCUGAAUUUGUUGAUAUAAAAUCAUGCGAAUAGAUGAGUCCCCAAUGAAUCAAUGGGUAGAGUAACCGUCGCAACAUCUCAAGCGAAGGUGUGGUGAUCGAACGAAAAGACACAUGCGGAGCAUGAGUGUCCUGGAGCAGAGUGGGCGGGUAAAACGGCAGCGAUGGGUGUAUUUCAGGACUACGGGUACUGCUUCCGCACUCUCGGCACGAUGGAUUCGCAAGUGACCAGUCAGGCCGAUGCGUGAUAAGAAAAUGCAGUCGCUUUGUGCACAUUUGUGAGAUGUACGCAGACUUGUUAGCCAGAUGCACCGCCCCAUCAGCUACGUCUGUGUACUUAAGUCAUGCUCUCUAGUACUUUUGGAGCUUAUGGGUUUCGGUUCUUCGAGCUUCAGGGUUUUGGCGCUAACUAUGCAUAAUAAGUGGGUACAGAUUUACCUUAGUCAAGGUCGCUCGCAUGUGCAACAUUUUCAUUAUUUUGGACAACAGAACAGAUUAUUAACUAAAAGUGGAGGGUUUACGUCUUCCUUGGUAGCUGUAUUUUGUAUUGUAAUGAGCUGACCACGAGAUACUUUUAGUCAUAAGUAUCCUAGGACGUCUUUGUUAAUGCCUUCAAACUACGCCCCUGUCUCCUAUCUGCAUAGUUCCUACUCCCCUCACCCCGACUGCACUGUAGAAUUACAGACCCUGGCUUCGGCAGUAUUUUGCUAAAUGUCGUCCCAUUUAUGGUAGCGGCGGCGGCGCAAUGGCGCUCUAAAACCGUGCGUUCUUACGUCAGACCUAAAGGGGGACCAAGCGCAUGUGUGUGCGACUUGCAAGGGUAAAACAGCCGGUCAACAUCGGCGUCCCACAUCUAAUAUCCAGUCGAUUCAGUCUUGCCUUUAGUACACGGUGGAGGAGGGUGACGUCCAUCCUCCUCAACCUGUCCACGCUACCAAAUCAACUUGAUUUUUACGCUAAGCUAAAAGUCCUAGCUUCGGUUGUCAAACGACGAAGCACCUCCUUAACGCGGUGAGAGAGAGAUUAAAGGCCACUUCAUGUGGAUUGAAGAAUCAGCAUGUGAGUGACGGGAGGGAUGGCCUGCUCGGUCAUUCCGCCCAGACCUCUGUCCAGCCGUUUGGACCUUGUCGUGACAUAUAGCCUUGAGAGGUCUGUGGAUAGGAAGUAGGCUCGAUGUUGUUCAAGCCACUACCGCUUGCCCUGAGUUAUAGUCGUCCUGGCCGAAUUUCAUGGACUAUUUAUCGGCGACGGGGAAGUUGUCGAGCAUUGUUAAGGAUGUUGAUGCCAUCUUCCUCUAGCUCACUGUCCGCGUUGAUUCAAUGGUCUGAUCGUUCUCCUUUUGCCAGUCAGUUGACUUACCUCUUGGUUGCUCUCCGCCUUUCGUCUCUUCAUACUCCACCCCAGGUUGUCUUUUGCCAAAAAGGUUAAAAGUAGAAUGGUAAAGUAGCCAUGAUAGUUUUCAUUUCAGCCUACCUCCAAUUAUAGGUGAGCGCUUUCGUCAUGCGGAUUAAACUAAUUCAUGGUCCACGGAGCUGCGCCACUAGUCUUCUGGCAUGUGUUCCUUUUAGUCUGCACUUCUGUUAUCGAACAAGUGACAAAAUAUCUCUAAUUUCUGUACUCAAAAUGGGGAACAUCUUUUCAAGGACCUUAAUACUCCACUUUUCGCCAACUUAUGUUGGUUUUUCAUUUUCCUGGGGUCGUUUUUGUAUUCAGAGGUUUGACAUUUGCUGUUUUUAUCAUUCCACGUCGUUGGUUUUUUCUGUUUUCCCGUUUAGGUGUGGUUGUAAUAUUCCCGAUGAAUGAUUGUGUGUAAACGCUCCCCAUUUCGCACGAAUAGACGCGUUCAGUGUCCAACAGACAAAUCGUCAGCCUACGUUUUGUUUCAGUGGACUAUUUUAACAUCCUUGGUGCAAUUUUACGUAACCGAGUUCCCCUUUUCUCUAAGGCCUGCUUUCGAAGUUUCGACAAAAUUGGUCGUAUAGGAAUCUUACGUUUGUCAGAACGUGGGCUGCCUGCUAGCGAUCGGUCAGUAGUUUCUAGUCAGUGAUCUGCUCUCUGUGAAUCUUUGUGCAGGCCUCCGCUCAACUGCCAAGAAUGCUUAAACUUAUAGAUAAAUGUUGGCAUCAACAGCCCCAUACCUCGGGUGCUGGCGUACACGAGAUCGGAAACUUGACCCUUUAAAUCCUUGAAUGAAACGCUCCCAGCACUUGAGCUGCUGGGUCUAAGCCCAGCAGUCUGCAGUCAUAAAAAUGUAGUGUCACCCGAGAGUGACGUUUGCUGGUCUAUCCUGUGUGGGCUUGGGGUAUGACCAUCUGAUUACGACAAAUGAGUCUGAAGGUACCGCCUCCUUCUCCGCCGUAUUUCGUUGUAAAACAUCCCAAUUACUGAUUCCCCAUCGCCAUGUAAGCAAUCAGUCUAGUCUGGGCACUCCAUAAGCUGCUAGGAAGUAUCUAUAGAGAUUUCAAGCUUCGGCCAGUUGGUACUAACUGCUUCGAAAUCCUUACCAUUACCUGCUUUGUCACCAUAAACUGCUUCUAUCGUCGUCAUCCUGCCAGACUACAGCGGGUGACGAUUUGUGGACAUCUGAUCUCCACUCGUCUGACUGAAUGGAAAAAUUCCGGCGUUUUAGCCUCAGUUUCUCAGCCGGCGUUGUUGUUGCCAAGCCUUUUACUUCCAAUAGCUGGAAAAGUUAUCAUAUGGAGCCAUCUGAAAACACGCCAGAGCCUCUUGAUAGAAUGUCUGUUCUGUAUCACUGCACAUCUUUCCUUUUGUAGAUACUGUGUCAAAACGUUUAGCGGGCACACAGAAUGGGUGCGCUCUGUUCGGCCCAGCCUCGACGGAAGCCUUCUCGCCAGUUGCUCCAAUGACCAGACCGUACGUGUGUGGGCUGUUGAUACGCGGGAGUGUCGUGCCGUCCUACAUGGUCAUGAGCACGUUGUAGAAUGCGUGGCCUGGGCCAACAGCCCGCAGGCGGUAGCGGCCAUUCAGGCGGCCUCUAACGAGGAGAAGGAGACUGACUCGACGCCCUUUUCGCAGGCUCUCAAUGGCGCCUCUGGUGACCAGCACCUUGCCAAUACCACUCACGCCCCGGAUUCCACAGUCGGUCUAAUUCUCGCCUCUGGCGCCCGUGACCGAACCAUCUGCAUCUGGGACGUUAAGGCGGGAGUUUGUCUCCUCACACUGGUACUGUCUCCUCCCCCCCCCCUUAUGGUCAUUCACAAUUGUUUUAAUUUUAGAGAGCUUUCGUUUUUUCCUCAUCCUCGCACCCCUCUGUCUCGGACCACUUUCGACAGUUUGCCUUGAUGACAGAGGGAUGCCCACGAUCGUGUUGCGGAACUCACUCGUCCCGUUGUGCCUUGGGUCUCUCGAACCCAACCAGCAGCCACACAGCGGCGCGUACUAUAGGCAGAAUAACAUUACCGACAUAAACAAGGGAGACUGGAAUGGCCAUUUCUGGCUUAUUAGACGUCGUCAGCCAGUCGUCCCCAACCCUGAGGUAUGCGAUACCUGCGGCUCGAUCUCGCGACCUGUUGGUUAGAAGUCCAACGCAUACGGGUUCGUUGUCCUGUCGCUUGCGAUCGGGUAUGUUGACAAUGGUAGAGGUGCGCCCACAGAUUGUGUUACGAAACCCACUCGUACCGUUGUAUCUUAGGCCCCUCUCACACUAGCAUUGAAUUUCUGAAGGUCUUAAUGGUCGUGUAAGCAAAAUCUGCUGCUUGCCAAAUAUACAGCAGUUUCACUUUCGUCUGCGUAAUAAUCAGAUAUUGCAUGUUGUAAGUGGGGCGCCUUUAGUACAUGUUCUGAUUUUGGGGUCUUUCGAACCCCCUACUGUAUGGCGCAAAAUCGCCUCAUUGGAAUCGGUUUGAGCUUGCAUACCGUUUUCACCUGCAAAAGCUCCCGUUGAAUGCAAUGGUUGAUGUUGUGCGCCCGACUUUACAGCCAUAAAAGCAGCAAGACCUAAUCAGAAAGGACGGAAUUGAGUAGUUGAACGGCGGUAGUGGAAAGAGUUACUACAUAGGCAACUGAUCUUUUUCUUUUGGUGGGCUUUGGUGAUGAUCAAGCUUGCUUUGCCAGUUACUCCUCCUCCUAUCCUGGUUCAUUCAAAUUUUCGGUUUACGUGCAAAGACUAGGCCGAGCGCACUCACUGAACCUGUAUCUGACGCAAAAGCACAAUGUCCAUUCGAUUUUACGCCGUUAAGUGUUCGUGGGCCACUGUCUUACGUCAGUGGCCUUAGUUUCUCACAUUUCUGCUGGGUUUUGUACCGCGACAGACUUCAGACGUGCGACUCAAGCUUGGUGAGACUAUGCCCCUGACGUUUUUAGUUCACCGACCUAGACGAAUGCAAAGCUCUGGACAAGACCUAGGGACUUGCGUGUUCUGAUUUGUCGGCCGAUCCUAGUGGGAUUUUUGACCUUCCCACAGUGAUAUUCCGGGCAGCUGUCAAGAAUAGCUACAAAAGAUUAAAUCUAGAUUUUAACAUAUGUUUACUGAAGACAAGUAACUUGUACCAUUUACAAGAGCUUGAUCUGAGGUCUGUACCUCCUCUGAAUCAUUAUUUUAAGUCGCAUCAAUUUCGCUUUCUUUGCCAUGCCUGUCGCAUAUUUUGUUUGAGACUGUUCUUGUGUUAGUGAUUUUACACGAGUUGGCUGCUUUCUCAGUAACGCUGUCAUACGAGAUUGAUGUUUGAGUAUAGCCAAUUAAGAGUGACGACGCCUCCGGCCCUGAUUAUUUUGGCAUGUCCUGGACGUGAGUUUGGGCGUAUCGGCCCGCUGACUUGGUUUCUUUUCGAGAAGAUUGAUUUGAGCUCAUAUAGCAGAUCAUCCCAGUCUUGGGUAAGAUAUUUCCGUUCGAUUUAUAUACAGUAGGUAGGCUGACUCAUGAAAUGUCAACCGAAAUUCCGAAAUUUGUUUUCGUUUCGAAAAGGUUAAUUAAGUAGGGUUGUAAAACUAAUCAUCAUGCAGCAUAAUUCUAUAAUAAUUCAGUUACCUCCGAUUGCCGACUUUUGAACGAACUUCUCCCCGUUUGCAUGCAAAAACUAUGCUCUGAAAGAAAUGGCUACUUAAGUAGCAUGUAUUUUUCUCAUUGAUUUUCGGUCGUCUGCCGUAAAGACGGCUCGAAUCUCAGAUCCGUGAGGGUGCCAUAAAAGCCCCAUUGAGAAGGAGCCAUUGCAGGCUGACCCUCAAUCCUCACUCGCAGACCUCGGCUCUCCAUACACACCUAGUCCAAAACACGCGCAUGCAUGACACUGUGAUAUGCGAUCCACUCUGCCAGCGCCGUCAUGGUGAACAAGACGUUGCAUUUCGAACUACCUGUCCCUCACUUAAGCUACAGUUUAGCCUAGUUUAUGAAGUCGAGAUAAGGUUGUUUGUGGGCAUGCCUACACAGACUGUUUCCCCUUGUUAGCCACGGCGCUCAGUCCCAUCAGCAGUUAUUUGACAGCCUCGGACGCUCGGUUGGUGGAUGAGAGGAUCAGACCUGCAUUGAAGAACCUACCCUCACAACUGAUUAGCUCACGCCUCUCUAUAAUGAAUCUGACGCGCCUAAAUCUACCGCCACGCGCUUCCAGUCGUGACCGAGAAAGUUUCCAACUGACUUCGCAGUCACUCCAUCAUAAUGCGUAUAACUGUGUUCCUCCACGCUGAUUGCGACGCAGAGUCCGAGGACACAAGUGACCUGACAAUCAUCAACAGCCGUCGACGAAGUCCUUGCUAACCAUGUCUUGCGAACUGGACACUCAUCCAGGAACUCGGCUUAAAUCUAGGUAUCUCCAUUAUCAAGUACGAUAAUACCAUUGGAAGGUGGCCUGUUUGGGGAUGGUAAAGGAUUGCACAUUUCAUUCAGUUUAAGAGCUUUCCUCGUACCAGCAAUGCUGAGUAUAGCGCCACAUUUGUUUAAGCUCCGCAAUAUUCUUGUCAGGAUAUUCCCCAAUCAUCAUCAAGGCACCCGGUACCGACGGAUUUUACUGGCGUCGCAGUCCUGGUUUAUAAGGUCUGGGCUUGGCUGAUGUGCUGAUUUCCGGUUUUACGGAAAAAAAAUGUGGGCCUUUCUGGUGCUGUUGUCCAUGUAAGUUGGCCUGAUAGAUGCCCUGACGCCGGAAGCUGAUUAUAAAUGUACAAGGCAUCCUGUAGUCAUUCGCAAACAGUAACCAGUCCUGUAUCAUUGUAUGGCAUUGGUCCGUUUCGGCAAACAAGUGUUCUGUCCCGACGAGACCUUUUCUUGACCGUUUCAUAGCAGGAAACAGUUGUGUACCUGGUUAUUUGCCUGCCGCUUUGUUAGUGCUGAAGUAUUUGUUCAGCUAAUCUUCCGGUAUUCAACCAAUGGACACACCAAAAGCCACAUCGACGAAUGUAUUCGUGUGGGUGUGUCAAGUUAGAUGCCGAUUGCGUUGUCUUGACCUUGGUAACUAUGAUAGCCCCGAUAAUACCCACGUAAGGGCUCGAGUGCGGUUCAGACUGCCUUUUCUAAGAAGCCAGUACCUGUAAAGAAAUACAUUGCGGUUUCUUUCAGCGAUCCUGGCGUAUCCAUGGGUUCCCACCUUGCUAGCUGCAACCACCACUUCACCCCGACACAAACAACAAUUUCUAAGGCGUCCUCAAUCGGAAGAAUACUCUCCGGUGCGUCUAGUUCGCAACAGGCAUCCACAAACCUUUUCUCUGUGACAAACUCGUCUGACUCACCACUAUUGUCAGGAUCGCUGAUCUUUAGGGUGGCUCGAGCUAUGGACUUUUUAAUCGUAAGAAUACCCGCUCUGCGUGGCAAGAUCCCAAAAAUUUCUGGGGUAGACCUGCCCUAAAGCUUUGGCCUUCAUGGGCUACUGAUGACACCAGGCAAAUGAGACCUUUCAGCAUCGUCUGUCCAUAAUCUCAUCAUUUCUGAGCACGAUUCUGUUGCAAAGGUGGUUUUCCAAACUUCAGAAGGCUACAGGCUGGGCUACCUCAGUUUCGGUUCCCUUCGAAGACACCCCGGUCUCGAGGAAUGAUUAGGAUUGUCUGCCAUAAGUUCGCCCUGGACAUCUUUUGGGAUACUGUGACCGAACGUUAAUGCGCUUGCAGGUAUCUACUUUCCUGUGUAACUCCGUACUUGCCUUCCGACUGUGUUAUGGGUUGAUCCUACCGCCUUCGACCCGAGUUUUGGGAACAAGAAAUUGACCACUGAUCGUUACAAGCAAUCACUGCACACAACCACCACGACAUACAUGUUCUCCACCUGAUUGCUGUUGCGUUUGUUGCCCACCCUAAUUAUUUCUGUCUGUGGCUUACUGUGGGGACAAGAGCGGGUAAACUUAACCUUUGUGCGGCCGCCGCGUAGCAGCGUGGUCCCACACUCCUCGUUUCCCGGAACUCUUCAAUACCGCCGUUCCAUUCUACUCCUAUCCACCAGGAUUCUCCCCUAUCGACCCGGCAGCGUGGGGACAUAGCGUUGAAGGUGCGAAAUGUCAUCCGGUGGCUCGGGCAGCCACUACGUUUUUUGCGGUUGACGAGUCUCCCGUCCUGUCUUGUUGCUCUUGCACCUGUCUAUUCAAGGAUAGGUUUUCGUAACUUUCUUCGGAACAUUGAUGUCCCUUUGUACAAUUUCAUCUGUAGGUGUCAUUUGCGCAACCUCUCGAUGCGCACUGUUCUGUUUUUGACCAUCCUCUUAUAGAUAUUGGGUUUUUUAUGGACAGUUUUGUAAAUUUGGGAUUUCACUGGCCUUUACGCCCUCAAUCUCAAUUGGUGACCGCGAAAGUGAUAAGAGCCUCCUCCUAUUUUGGAGAUUAUCUUGACUACGUCAAAUCCGUGCAUACGAUUGGUGUCCAUCGCGCUCUGAGACUUCUGUUGUCAUUUACUGUCGUGCUGACGGUUGUCGGGUAGCAGGCGUCUUCCUUAGGCUGUCAAAGUCCCACGACAAGUUUUGUGUGAAAUUGUUCUAGAACCCGAGCCAACCCUCCUUCCUUUGCAAGUUGUCCAUCGGAGGCUUCGUUGUCCCACCGUUUACUCGGGCCGGCUACUCGUUUGCUUCAUUUUUUUAUCGAAUACAAAUUAUUUUCUGUGGUUGAGGUAUGAACUCCUCCUCCUCCUCCUGCCUACCAAAUGCUUUUAAGACUAUUGCGGUAUUUGCAAACGAAGUUCGCCGACUCGAUACUUUCAAGUCCUCAUCGGGCUGCUCGUCUUCGUCCUACACCCGUAACUUCUAAGCCCAAGUUUCCUUGUAUGCCCUCGCAGACAGACUAGCUGACCCCUGUCAGCCAUCUUUACUGCUUUACUUUUAUGUACUCCGUUAGAUUGGUCACGACAACUGGGUACGCCAGCUCGUAUUCCACCCCUAUGGCAAGUAUCUCCUGUCGGCAUCUGAUGACAAAACAGUGCGAGUCUGGGACCUCAAAAAUCGCCGUUGCCAUAAGACUUUGGACGCCCACUCUCAUUUUGUGACGACGUUGGGUGAGUUCCCUUUGUGUGUUCCACGUUUCCUGUUUUCCUACGUAUUUUUACUUGGUUCUGCACUUUCGGGACGGAAGGGGUAGCAAGUCAGCAGUCUGUCUAGUUUACAAUGAAGGACAUAAUGUCGCAUUAACGUUUCUGGAGCCAACCAUGCGUCGGACACCGGCGUUGUCGCCGUACGCCAAACAUUGUGGACUACGAUAGUUUUUUUUUAGCUGCGAUGAUCGUAUUUUCAAACAGAGUGGGGGGAGAAACAAGGUUAGAUGAACGAGCAGACAAAAGUAUUAGUCUCUUAAAUUCAUUUGAAACUUGUAGUUACAGGGAAACUGCGGUCUCUCCCUGCACGUAACCUUAAAUGGUUCACGUUCUUUUUUUCUCCAGACAUUCACCGAAGCGCACCCUACAUGGCGACUGGUAGUGUGGAUCAAACGGUUCGGGUCUGGGAGUGUCGUUAA